GCGAGCCCAGUGCGGCGCCCACACACUCGCCGACCGUACACGUAGAGAUGGAGCCACAGAAAAAAUUGUUUAUAUAGGUGUUGCCGUCAGUCCUGCAACGGCGUUGUCAUUCUGCCUCAGAAGUGUAGGCCAUAUUAUAACAGUAUACCAAAACCACCGCAUAUUCAGGUCACAGUUGCACAUCAGUUCGACCUCAACUCCCACCGCGUCAUACGGCGAAAACCAGGCCACAGGCAGACAGCAUCCUCGCACAUCGUGGACUAGACCCUGGGCACCCAGUUCCUCUACACCCUACCUGGCAUCAACCCCCCCCCCCCCGUCCCCACGCAGCCAUGCUGGCAACGGUAGCACGUCGUGCCAUCUCAGCAACGACACGAGUUUACCCCCCUAUUAUGCCAUCGGUCACAGCAACGCCAGCAGCAGCACGCCGAGGACUCGCCGGCGUCCGGUGGGUCCCCACAAUCUUCGCAAUGGAAUUAAUAUGCGUCUUCGCAGGCUAUGGCGUCUCAGCCUACAGGCGCAACCAAAUCCAGAAGUACCUUUCACGAAGCACCGACCUGGAGAAACAGGACAUGGAUCGAAGGAGGAGGUCGACUGUCUUGAUGGAUGCAUAUGGCGACAAGUCCAGCUUAGAGGAUAUUGAGCGGGCAAUGGCAAUUUACGAAUCGCAACAGGGGAACGAGUAAAGGCAGAUGGGUUUUGGGUGAGCAGCCCGGCAGGGGCGGGAAAGCAUUUGUCUGGCGUUGGUUCUGGAGCGGGUUUGAUGCAUUUUCACGGCGUUAUGUCCCAGAGCAGUACAUAUGUAGCAGGACUGGGACGGCACAUUACUGCAGCACACGGAGUUUCGGUCCACAUGGAUGAGAUAGCUCUCGACACACAAGUCAUCAAUCAAUCUGUGUUUACAAGA